CCGAGGCGCGGCGAACUUUCAAUGCAAGAUGUCUGAAGAAGUGGCAACUUUUCGAGAGCAAGAUAAGCUUCUCCGYGCCGGUGUGCGCGAAAAUCUAUCUUCAUGGCUUAAAAAGCUUAACUGUGGUGGUGAUGAAGAGUUGAAGCUGGAGUACAAGAUGAAAAUGGUGCAAAAACUUCGAUCUUCUCCGGUGGCUGUUGAAGUGGAUAAAGCGAACGAGCAGCACUACGAAGUUCCUACUGAGUUUUUCAAGACGAUUCUUGGCAAAAGGCUAAAAUACAGCUCCUGUCUUUACACUGAAGAAACUAAGRACAUAGACCAAGCUGAAGAGAGGAUGAUGGAAUUGGUUUGUAAGAGAGCAAAGGUUGAAGAUGGACAGACAAUAAUGGAUUUGGGUUGUGGAUGGGGCUCACUUGCUCUCUGGAUAUGUGAAAAGUAUCCCAACUGUAAAGUCCUGUGUGUCUCAAACUCCCAGACACAAAGACAACAUAUUGAAAGAGAAGCACAGUURAAGAGUUACAGUAAUCGCCUGAACUGUAUUACUGCUGAUGCAAAUGUCUUCACUACUUCAAUGAAGUUUGACAGGAUUAUUUCCAAUGAAAUGUUCGAGCACAUGAAGAACUAUGAAACCCUAAUGUCAAGAGUUUCAAGCUGGCUAAAACCACAUGGUUUACUGUUCAUCCAAGUMUUGUGUCACUCUAGGUAYGCAUACGAGUUCAAAAUGAAGAGUGGAUCCGACACAGAGUGGAUGGCAAGAAACUUCUUCUCUGGAGGGACUAUGCCAUCAAGUGACCUGUUUUUGUACUUUCAAAGAGAUAUGUACACUAUAGAUCACUGGCAGGUGAAUGGAAAGAAUUAUACCAAAACCCUGGAUGCUUGGCUUGAUAAAUUGUAUGAYAAUCUGGAUAAAGUGAAAGCCAUUUUAGCCGCAAGUUAUGGGGAGAACAAUGUCAACCAACAUCUUUUCAACUGGAGGAUGUUUCUUUUGUAUUGCUCGGAGACAUUCGGAUUUAAUGAUGGAAAUGACUGGCUGGUGUCUCAAAUGUUGUUUAGAAAACGCAUAAACAGUGCUUUGUAGGAGGAUGUAUAUAUUUAGGKGGAACUUUUUCUUGACUGAUUUCAGGAGUGAACCAAUAAGAAAUUAAUAAGGAAUUAAACCAAUUUUUAUUCAA